UUUUCUUUUCUUUUCUUUUUUUUUCCUUUUUUUCCUCUAGUUUCGAAGGAAUCGUUUUUUAGUGUAUCUAGGAUUUGGUCUGCUUAAGAUGAAGUUGAAAUUAGGGUUUUUCUCAUUAAAUUUUAAGAAUCGAGACUUGGUUGGGGUGUGAAUUCGUUGAUUUUAUCUUGUUACUUCCAAGUUUUGAUUAAUUUCAAUUUCGCGGGUCAUUUUACAUGGUGUUAGGUUGCUUUUCUUGUGUUUGCUUUUUUUUUUUUUUUUUUGCUGCUAGCGUUGUUAUAUGGUAGCUGAAAAGCACUGACUUUGAUUGGUGGUAUGCUAUUAGGGAAAAUUGCUCCAGUGGAGAAAGAUUCUGCUAGAAAUGUAUGAAAAAUUAAUUACAAUCGAAUAUAUAGCUUAUAGUGGCGUGCUCAUGCAUUUUUUUUGUGCUUUGUUAAACAUGUUACCUAGUUUGAUAGUGAUAGUUUGGGUUUUAAAAAAAUGUUCUUUAUUUUGGGAGAAUUCAGGGUGUUAGUGGACAUUUAGGUUGAGCACUUGAGUUCACGUGUUUCCUUGUGGCUACUCUUCUCUAUAAGUCUGUGGGGAUUGCUCUAAUAAAUAAGUUCUUAAAGAGUGAUGGGAUCUCAAAUUCACCAAUACUUCAAUGCUCGAAGACUCAUUUUGGUGAUGGAAAAACAGAAAUGAAACAAUUAUGUUUGUGUGUGCUUUUGUAAACUCCAUUUGAACAUUUGGAAUUAAAUUUUGUUUCAUUUCUUUAACUGCUGAAGUGCCUGCAGAUUUCUCUUAUUUUUGAACUAUUAAGAUCCUAACGGUUCAGAAUAUUUAUGCUCCGGAAGAAGAGGCCUUGUUUGUGGAGUUUUUUCACUUCCUCAUUUGUGCUGAGGAAAACCCUAGCUCUUUUGUUAACUCUUCACACUAGAAAUUACAUCAUUGGAUGAUAUUUGGGCCUUUCAAGUGAUUCGCAACUGUUGGUGUCUUUGUAGAAAAUUUAAAACCUUGCUUUAGCCAACGGGGACACAAUAGAUCUGAAGAAUUGGAACAUCAGCUAAAGGCACAAAAUAGUUGAUAACUUGGCUGUUCAAAUGCUUCAAGAGUGGUUUUGCUUGUAAUAAAGGUGACAAAAUGGGUAGGCAAGGAUUUGGCAAUGUUGAGAUUUGCUGGUUAAGAAUGUCUUCCUUAUGAUUUUUGGAGUUUGCAUUUUAGAACUUAGAAGCUUUGCUAAACAAAUCAGUUUCAACAGUUUUAGGUUUAUGAAUACUGUGAAAUGUGAAAAACUUUAUGAUGCUUUGUCAAGUUGGAGAGUAAUCUGUCAUGGGGAAGCUUGUGAUUUUGUAGCGAUGCGUAACUUUAGUACAACAGUUUUUUUUUUUGUAAUUUCCUGGAGUUUUCUGAAGAUGGCAUUUACGUGUUAUCAUGAAAUCAAAUUUAACUCUCAAACUCCACGAAUCUGAUGUAUAUAGUCUCUGCAUUAUCCUGUAUUAUGAUUUGGAACAAAUUUUUCUGGCAAUUUAAUAUGGAUGGUUGUUAAGUGAGUGAUUGUAUUUUCGCAAAAUAAAAUAUUGUUUAAUUAUAUUAUUAGCUCUUUUUUUGGUGUGGUUCUCCUAGAAGGAUGUUCAGCAUGGACAUGCCAGAAUGUGCGUUUAAUGAGUUGACUGGUUUGAUAGUACUCAUGGUAUUCUUUUAGCUGCAGGGUAUCAGGAUUUGUAAUGAGCGGUUGUUUGAACUUUAUUUUUUCAAUGCAUAUUGGUAGUUUCUUUUCUCACUUUAAAGUUCUGCCACAGGCAUCAUUAAAACAUUAGUUAAAUGAGAUGGUCAGUAGGUGGUUAUGCCUGUGUUUAACCCUUGUAUUUUCAUUCUGCAUGUUUUCAUGCAGCAGUUUUUGAGGUUCUGAUCAUAAAUAGCAUAUGUGUGGCUAUCUGUAUAUUAUAUCACAAAAUAACAACUUCCUUUAAUGCUUCCAAAUAAACUUGUGUGAAGAUAUUGAUUGGAUGAUCGCUGGUUACUAUAGUGUCUGAUAUAAUGGUGAUCUCGCAUGACCAAGUUAUUUGUCUUUUUUCACAACAUACUAAAUGUCUCAAUCAUUAUUGUAGACAUCACCAGGAACAUAUUUGCCUUUUGAGAUGUCUCCAGCAUCAAAAUCUAAGUCAAAGGACAAAAAGGCUGGCAAGGAACCCCAGAAGGCUACAUCAAAGCCUUCGGGAACUGCUAAUGCAGGGAGUGGUAUCUCAGCUAGCGCAUACAAUCCACUGUCUGGAACAUUCCAUACCAUUGAAACAGUGUCGACAUCCUCUGCCUCACCUCUACACAGUAAUGGUCGAUUCCGAAACAUAGAUGAGACAGAUGAUCAUCCUGGUGGCUUGUUAGGAGCUGGGGUUGAUUAUGAUUCUGUUUCAAAUAAUGAUAGCUGGUCUGGUGAGUCAGAAGAUCAAAAAGAGAAGACUUCUAAUCAUCCAGUCCGGCAGGAAACAAUACCAGGUGCGGACAAUGACAAGCGGGAAAAAAUCCGCCAGAAGAAUGAGAAAAAGCAUCAGCGUCAAAAGGAGAGGCGAGCACAAGAAUUGCGUGAGCGGUGCACCGGCUAUCUUAUGUCGAGAAAGCUGGAAGCUCUAGCUCAACAGCUUGUUUCAAUGGGAUUUUUGCAUGAACGGGCAACAAUGGCUCUUAUAUUGAACGAAGGAAAGUUAGAAGAAUCUGUGACAUGGCUGUUUGAAGUGGGUGAACAUGCAGAUAAGCACAGGGAUCAAAACCUUGGUGGGGGCACUUUGAAAAUUGAUAUAUCAGAAGAGCUUGCUCGGAUUGUAGAAAUGGAAAUCAGAUAUAAGUGCACAAAGCAGGAGGUUGAAAGAGCUGUGGUUGCCUCUGAGGGUGAUCUCGAGAAGGCCAUGGAAAGUUUAAGACAACUGAAGCUAGAUCCACCAUCUGCUCCACCAAAACCUGAGGAAACUGGUGAUCCUCCGACCUCAAGCAGUGAUAAGCUUUCUGUAGCAGGUAGCCAGAAUAUGGUGAGACCACAACCAAAGCUCAACCCAACUUCUUUGAUACAGCAAAGAAGAGAUAAAGAUUUUAACUAUACAAAAGCAGGUGUUCCAGUGGGUGAAUCUUUGGAAUCUGGGAGUAAAAAUGAUCAGCCUUUGAAGAGAAUACAACCGAAGUUGGAUUGGCAAAAACCUCAGCCAACUCCGACUCCAGCUGACAAAAGAUGGCCAAGUGCGGGAUCAAAUCCUUCUGUUUCUUAUUCUUUGGCAUCUCCUUUGCAAGCGCCACCUCCACCUGCCAAGACAGAAACCCGUUAUGUUGCUGUUGGAAGUGAAUAUAAGAGCCUUCAGCCUGGAACAGUUAGAGAACCAGUGAUAAUGAUGCAGCGGCCUCAAUCGGUAAGUUCAAAGCAGGUUCCAAUUACAAGCACAAGUUCAUCUCCUCCUGGGACAGCUGCCGGUUGGUAUCCCAACAAUAGAGUUGAUAUCAUGAAGCCUUUUGGCUUGAUGCCUCCCAUUCCUAGCACAAGAAGCCCCAGCCCAAACAAUCUGAGUUCCAAUCAGAUGUUCCACCAAUUUCAUUAUCAACAACCACAGCAUUUUGUUCCCAGCAAUGGUCCAGGGGAUUCUCCUGGAACCAGCAAAGUUAAUGGGUUGUGGAGUAGAACUGGUGCGUCACCAUCACUCGCUGCUGCUUCUUCCCUUGGGCUUUUCUCUGGAUUGGGUUCCACGGGUUCAUCAGGGGCAUCCUCUCCGGUUGAUUGGAGCACAUCUGGGUCAAUGGCGCAGUUAGACUACACCAGCAUAGACUGGAGUUUGGACCGAGGUUUAUCUUCCCCGAAGCCUGGUGGAUUAUGGUUGGGCCCAUCAAAUUUAAAGAGCAGCCCACAAACGUAUGAUUCUAGCAGCGCUUCUGGCCUUGGUGCCAGGCUGGCAAUGAGAUCAGCUCCCAGUGCCAAUGGCAUACCCGUUCCAGGAUUGCAGGAUGGUGGUGUGGCUAAUUCAGAAACAUCCACCCCCGGUUCCCUUGAAUGGACUUCGCCAUUUGAAGGGAACGAUCUCUUUGGCUUGUCAAGACAGUUUGUUUCAUCUCCUUCGCUGUAGGGUGGUGGAGAUGAUUUCAAUGAAUAAAAUGAAAAAAGAAAUGGAAAAAAGAAAAAACCUCAGAAUUUGGUGGUGGUUCCCUGUGUUGAUUGUUGGUGAAUACCAUUCUAGUUUCUCAAAGGUCCUUUGCUUUUGAU